AUGGCAGAGCUCACAGCCACGCGAAUCUCCCUCUCAGAAAGCCGGCUGGAAGCCGAGGAGAAAGCAGCCCGCGUGGUUGCCUUAGAGGAGGAAUGCAGCGAGUUGCGUGCCCUGGUGCAACGGCUAGAAGAGGACAUUGUUGCUGGGAGCGGGUCGAUUAGAGAGAUUCUGGUGCAGUCAGGGGUCGGCGGGCAGGGGAAGAAGGGAGGGUUUCUGGGCGGAGGGGCAGGAGGGGCUGAAGGGACUGCUGCGACGAUGGCUUCUCUGCUUGGAGGUGGGGGAGAUGGAGGAGGCGGAGGAGAAGGGGGAGGGGGAGGAGGAGAGGGGGGACGAGGGGCGGGGGGGAGUGAAGGAGCGGGUGGCGGGGGAGGGAGAGGGGGGGCGGGGGCGGCAGGGGAGGAGGGCCAGCGGGACAUGCUGCUGAUAGUGUGCGAUCAGAGGGAGCGGUUCCGCAAGCGAGUGCAGGAGCUGGAGGAGCAGACAGGCUCCCUGCAAGAGCAACUCAACCGUGCGAACCUCGAGACUCAGCGAGUGACGAAUGACAACCUGGCGCUAUACGAGAAGAUCCGAUUCCUAGAGCAGUACAACCGCCGCUCCUCUGUUCCCAUGCGCAAGCUCUCCCCUUCAGGAGACGAUGAUGGUACAGGCUCCUAUGGAGCAGAAGGAGGGGGAGGCGGAGGGGGAAUGGGAGGGGACGGAGGAGGGGGAGGAGGAGGCGGUGGAGGAGGGAUGAUGCGGGGCUCUAUGCAAGGAAGGAACGGAGGGGUAGGGGUGGGAGCAGGGGCAGGGGGAGCAGGGCCGUCUGCGUCUGAUGUGGUGAUUUUCGCAGGGGUUGCAGGGGCCCGGGCGGCAAGAUAUGCUUGCUUUGGCGUAUCUGAUGCUCCGGAUUCGGGAGACGGGGCGGCAGGAGGAGCAGGAGGUGCAGGAGCAGGAGGAGCAGGGAUGGCUGGUGCUGGUAGCUGGGGUGGGGCAGGGGCAGGGGGAGCAGGGGCGGCAGGGGGAGCAGGGGGCCUAGCUGGGGCAGCGGAAGUGAGAUACAGAAAGCUGUAUGAGGAGAAAAUGAAUCCUUUCACGGAGUUUCACCAGCGGGAGCAGGAGAAGAGCUAUCGUAACCUGCGCCUCCAUGAUAAGAUCACUCUCAACAGCAGCCGUUUCCUGCUCACAAACAAGUACGGCCGCGCUUUUGUAUUCUUCUACACUCUUCUCCUCCACCUCUUCAUCCUCGCCCUUCUUUACCGCUCCAUGCACCGCCGAACCAUCGUCCUCACUCCUGCCGCCUCCACCUAUCCUGCUGGCACUGUUGGCGCUGCUGGUGCUGAAUUAGGGCCCUGA